AUGGAGCUUAUCCUCAUGUUAGACACUCGACUUACGGAAGCUCGCAACCACGAAAGGCGACUCGCACGCAACCUGGCGGGUACAACUUUGGACUUUCGGGAUGGAGAAGCAAACUCCCCGCUAAUGUUUCUGCAACAGACGCCCACAGUGAAAUCCGGCACGAUUUCUCCUCCCAGGGUCGAUUUGCCAAAGUUCUACGGCAAUGAAGAAGAGUUUCCCGAAUUUUGGGCAGUGCACGAGACACUUGUACAACAACACGAAGCUGACAGAUAUUGA